AUGAUUUGGACAAGAAUAUUUGCAUUAUUUUCGAUGAUUAUUUUUGAUCUAGUUCUUACACAAAAUAUCAAUUCAGUUCAAAUGACUAUUAUGGAUGGAUGGCAAUUUCAAUGUGCUACAACAUCCUGUUUACCCCAUGCUACUGUUACUGCAUCCGAUAUUUUUCAAUGUCAAAUUACUUGUUUACAACAAACUCAAUGCAUAGCUAUAGGCUUUCGUCAAUCGAUUUCUAAAUGCCAAUUAUUUACUAAUGAUAUAAAUCAAAACAGCAGUUUAGAAACUGCUGUAGAUGCGGUUACCAUGAUGGUUAUUCCUGGCACUCGUUUACCAUCAGGUAAGCAUCGAUUCAAUAUAUCAUAA